AGAAUAGAACUGUUCACAUCGAGAGUCAUCACUUUUUUGUUUGUUUUGUUUUGUUUCCUCCCUUUGUUUUGCACCAUUUGUUAAACAGUGCACAAUACGGUUUUUUUUGUAUUAUUUUUAUUUCUGUAAAUACAUCAGGAUGGAACUUAAUUCUCUUCUACUUCUUCUUGAGGCAGCAGAGUAUUUGGAAAGAAGAGACAGAGAAGCUGAACACGGUUACGCAUCGGUUUUGCCGCACGAUAGCGACUUCUCCGGAAAGAAAACGAAAUCAUCUUCCAUUUCAAGAAAACCCCACAACAAUAGGUCAUCACAUAAUGAGCUGGAAAAACACAGACGUGCCAAACUGCGAUUGUACCUGGAGCAGUUGAAACAGCUUGUGCCUUUGGGUCCUGAUAGCACCCGUCACACCACACUGAGCCUGCUCAAACGAGCCAAAAUGCACAUCAAGAAGCUGGAGGAACAGGACAAGAAGGCUCUAAACAUGAAGGAGCAACUGCAGAGAGAACAUCGCUACCUCAAACGACGCCUGGAGCAGCUCUCUGUACAGGGCUUAGAGCGCAUUCGCACUGACAGCAUGGGCUCCACCAUCUACACUGACUCUGAGCAAGAAGUGGAUGUUGACAUAGAGGGGAUGGAGUUCACACCAGGUGAGGGUGAUAGCGUGGACAGUGUGAGCGAUGGUGAAGACCACUACAGCCUGCAGAGCAGCUCCAGCGAUGGAGGCCACCGUUCACAUUCCUGCAGAUUACAGGCUCACAUCUGCUAGACCGCAGCAGUGUGUCACCUAACACACACAUCAGCCAUCACAGCUGGCAGGAAGCACCUGGCUGAUUUACACUCCUCGGAAAACUCUCAACCCUUGCAACGCUUUAUAUCAAACCCUCCCCAACCCCACAAAUACACACAGACAAGCAAUAUGUGGUUUAGAAAGAACAUGUGGUAAUGCAGUUUUAACUUGUCUCUUCUGCGGUGUAUGAGUGAGAAAGUGUAGCUCUGUUCCAAAACCUAGUCUGUCAUCUACAUGAACCGUUCUAAGGCAGCAUCUUAACUGAAAGGGAAUAGGCUUGCUUAUGUGAUUUUACUGUGUACUUUUUGGCUGCGUUUACACUUGCACAAAAUCAGAUUUUUUUAAUGAAUCGUUGCACAUGUGUAAUCACAAAAAUCUGCACAAGAUCCAUUUUUUCACCCGAAGUAAUGCGUUACUUUUAAAUUUACAAGAGUUACUUUUUCAAAUAAGUAAUGC